GGAGUGCUGGUCAUGACAUGCAUGACAACGUUCGUCAUUGGUAAAAGCCGUGGGCCAAUCUCAGCUACUGUUACUUCCGCUUCAAACCAGUAGCCGCGGUUCUGACAUAUCUUGGCCCUUAAGGAUCAAAGGCAAUGCUUCUGCCACCGCCGUCACCGUGGGAUAUCGCUUCCACCUAUCUAUAUAAGUGAGACAUUGUCCUUCAACCCUUCUACAUGUCUACCACAUCCUCCGAGAAAUCCCCAGAACAACCGCAUGAGACGGUAACCAAUCGUCUCACCGAAGUCGGUGCGAAGGACCAGCGUGCCUAUGAGCGCGCUAGGCACCAGACCAAGGAGCGGCGGGAGUACGCACAAGUGAAGGAGCGCAAGGAGAGAACGGUUGCUGGAGCGCCAGCACCGGCCCUCAAGGAGGGGCAUGUCAGCCGAGCUGCUAAGAAGGCUAGCUUGGAACUCUGGGAAGGCAACGAGCUUGAUUCUCGUAUCCUCAUUGGAUCGGGGCGUCCUGUCAAUGUCGCACCAGUGCUGAGGAACAAGUCUGGUUUCUCCAAGAUGGCACUUGCGGAUUUUGUGACGUUCAAGACCAAGAGACGGUCCAAGGCGCAAGAUGCUGACUUCGAAGUCCUCCCGCCUGUCCGUUCAGUCAUUGCUCUUGAUGACUUUGGACAUGACAUUGAGAUCAAUGAGCCCUGGGAAUUCAUCUCCCUCGCCCCUGAAUCACCCACCUGCAAGGGCCUGUCAUACGCUCAGGCUGCUGCUUUGACGCUUUAGAUUAUGCUAUUGUGGUUGAUAUUUGAUCAGUAUCACACCACACCACACCACACCACACCCAUUAUGACUUAGUUCAUUCCUAAUCCAUUCAUUACGAACUCACGCUAUAUCUUCGAGCUACACGUCGUAUCGUCUUGGUCCUUGUUAUAAUUCUACUUAAUGGACCAGGCGGUUUAUUUAGACUUGGAGUAUCAAUAUAAUUGAUUGCUAUUGGAUGCUGCU